UGAAAAAGAAAAAAUAAGAAAAAUAUAGGUUUUACGAUAUCAUUUGUAGCCGUACGGUGUCAGUUAACGAACGAAAAACGCAACGACAAGAAGAAUAAAGUUAAAAAGACUUUAUUUUGGAGAAAAUUUUUACAAAAAAUAUCUGAAAAAAAACUAAUUAACUAAAAAUAAACGAAAAUGGUGUCUGUAGAAACAAUUGGCUCUAUAUUUAUCAAGGCCUUGAAAUUGGUCCUUAAUUUAAUCAUUUUAAUCUUAUAUCGUAUCGGUGAUGGCGGUGAAUUCUUGGGUGUGGGCGGUACUUGGAAUCUAAAUGAGGAGAAAAGUGCCGAUUGUGAAAUCGUGGCCUCGGGAGUAAUGGUGGGCUUUUUCAUCUAUACCGGUUGCCAUACCAUAGCCUAUCUGUUUGGCACCACCAAACACAAGAGAGAACUUUCCGAUACCAUAAUGAACGUAGUGGGCACUUUCAUGUGGGUGGCUGUGGGCGGUCUUGCUCUCCACUACUGGAAGGGUUAUAUGAAAGACAAUGAUUUCCUAUAUGUGGCCUCCGAAAGACAAGUGGGUAUUGCUAUGGGUGCUUUGUGUGUUAUAGAGGGAGCUCUGUAUCUAUUGGAUACCGUUUUGGCCUGCAUACACUACUCCAAGGGUGAUACCGAUUAUGUGCAGUAAAUGAACAAAUUCGAGAGAGAACCAUCAACAGCAGUAGUUCAGCAAACGAAUAUAUAUACUUUUUCAUACCCAUAUAUCUUUUUUUUUUUAAUUUUAAAA